UUUUAAGAAGUUAUACAAUAAUUCUGAGUUUAUUUAAUUAAAUCUAGAUGAAUUCACCAAAAUGGUUAUUACUAUCAUUCAAAAAACGAGUCACUUUAAAGAGAAUUUUCCUUUUUGUUAUUGUGGUGCUUUUAUAUGGUGAAUGUGUAUGUUUUUUUAUUGAUCGAUAUUUUUGGAUUGAUUUACCAUGUGAACCGGCUCCGAAUAAUCCUUGUACACGAAUAUUAUUUGUAGCUGAUCCACAGAUAAUUGGUGUAAAUGAUGGUGAUUCGUAUACGAAUUUUAUUCGAAUUUGGGAUAGCGAUCGGUACUUAUAUUAUUCUUAUCAACACGCUGUAUCGCAUUUGAAACCUAAUGUAAUCGUAUUUCUUGGUGAUCUAAUGGACGAAGGAUCUACAUCUACGAUUAAAGAAUAUUUAAAAUACUUAAAAAGAUUUCAUGAAAUUUUUGAUGUCAGCUAUGACGUUCAGUAUAUUUACAUACCUGGUGAUAACGACAUCGGUGGAGAAUUCGGUGAUUGGAUAACACCAGAGAAAAUCUUCCGUUUUGAACAUAUUCUAAGUGGCAAUCAAUCGAAACGUAUCGAAUACAAUGAAUAUUUAACAUUCUAUAAAAUAAAUCGUUUAGUACAAGACUAUCAUCAUGGUGGCAUGGAUGACGAAGAAAUACCAUCACAAAUUCGUAUAAUAUUAAGUCAUAUGCCAUUAACAAAUAUUGGUUUUGUGGAUAGUUCGAUAAAACGUAUUAAACCAAAUGUGAUAUUUUCUGCUCAUAAUCAUGUACCAUAUUCCAUUGUUUAUGAUACAAUUAGUGAGGAACGUGAAUUUAAAAAAAUUGAUUUUAGUAAUGAAAUAUAUAUCGCACAUUUAAAAACGCCAAAAAUAUUUGAAUAUGUUGUACCGACUUGUUCGUAUCGUAUGGGUGUACCAAAUAUGGGCUAUGGUGCUGCUGUUUUAGAUAAUGAACAUGGUGAUUUAAAAUAUACCAUAUAUUGGAUACAUUCACGUUUUCUAAUAUUACAUUUGUAUUUGAUUUCAUUGUUUAGUAUAUUUAUUAUGAUUUUGUUGUUAACUAUAAUCAAAUAUCUGAGAGCAAUGUGUAGACGUUAUGGUAAAACUAAAAAUGGUAAAAACAUCACCGAUUAUGUACCUGUAUCUCAAAAUGUAUGUUGAUGUUGACUCAACUCAGACAAUAACAUAUCUAUGGCCAAAACAAAUUCGUAGUGAAAAUAAAUAACAACAUAAAGUUCAGAUAUAUUUUCG